AUGGAACAAUUUUCAGUCCUGUGUUGGAUAUAUAUUUUAAUACUCACACUGUUUACGAUCCAUAUUGAUACAUCAAGGCCUCCGAUUCGAACGAAUAAACUCGUAUCGUAUUCCAUACCUGACAAACGGCUUCUCAAACAGGCCCUGGGAUUCAACGAAGAUAUAUACUUGAACUUCACGGAACUCACCACCAAGUACAAAUUUCCAACCGAAGUACAUUCUGUGACCACAGAAGAUGGAUACGUUUUGAACAUUUUUCGAAUUUUAUCAAAGUGUAGUGAUAGAACUAACUCUUAUCCAGUGUUUAUGAUGCAUGGAUUGUUUGAUACUUCAGACAUGUGGAUAAUCCCUAGCACCGACUUAGGGCUGGGCUACGUGUUAGCAACAAAUUGUUACGAUGUAUGGGCUGCUAAUGGUAGAGGUAAUAAUUACUCUCGACGACAUAUCCGACUUGAUCCAAAUAAGGAUCCUACGUAUUGGGAAUACUCUUUUGAUGAAACUGGACGGUAUGAUUUACCUGCCAUAAUAGACUACAUUCUUCAGAAGACUGGAUAUCCAAAAUUGUUUUUCGUUGGACAUUCUCAAGGUACAACUGAAUAUUUUGUAAUGGGUUCUUUAAGACCUGAGUACAAUAAUAAGGUUUUUUUAGCCGUGCAGCUGGGACCGGUAGCUUGGAUGAAAUAUUUAAAUAAUCGUAUAGCAGUUUUACUUGCACAAAACUAUGAAGUCAUUAAAGAUUUCUUGGAGUCAGCUGGAUACAGAGAAGUGUUCCCUAGACAAGGUAUUGUGCAUCACAUUGCUGAAUUCUUGUGUCAAAAGGUUCCAGCAUUGUGUGAGCUUGGUUUUACUCUCUCUACAGGUCACAAGCAAGGUACGAUGACGCUUAAAACUAUAUCUAUCGCUAUCGGUCAUUUGUUCAGUGGUACUUCAAUAAAAAAUCUUUCGCAUUUUGCACAAUUAGUAAAUAGUGGCAAAUUUCAACGUUAUGACGAAGGCAUUAAAGGAAAUCUUCAACGUUAUGGUUUAGCUAAACCACGUGAAUAUAACGUUUCUCUGAUAUCCUCCCCAAUUGUGUUGUUCUCAGCUGAAAAUGAUCGUUUAUCUUCAUUGAAAGAUGUUGAUAUAUUAAUAUCUAAAUUACCUAACUUAAAAGAAAACUACAUUGUUCCAAGACCAUACUGGAGUCAUCAUAAUCACAUUUGGGAUAUAGCAGCUACAGAACUGGUACAUCCAAAAAUUUUGAAAUAUUUUGACAAUUUUAAGAAUCUAAAUUAG